CACCCACCCACCACCACCAUCCUCUCUGCGCGGUCUCCGAAUUAUAGUAGGAGCGAAUAUUCAGUCGUUGGGUUUUUUUUUUGCCGCAGCACUUUGUGGGUUUCCUUUGGUCACCCGUCCUGCGGCUCCGGUUCUUUUGACACCGCUGGUAAAAUACCGCAGCCGCCGCGUAGAAAUCGCUCAGUUUGUUGUUGUUGUUGGGGAGUGGCCAGGAGUCAAAUAACUUUUUUUGACCUCUCGUGAGAUCUCUGCGUGGCGCUGACCAACCUGGGAACCUUCUUGUGAGUGUGACCUUCAAGGUUUGGAGAGAACUUUUGAGACAUGUCCACGACCAACAACGCAGCUGCGGCUGCCACCCCGCAGAGCCUGAAGCACACCAAUGCCCACGACGCGAACGGCGACGAGGAGGAGGAGGAAGGCGAGGAGGAGGAGGAGAUGGAGCCCGUGAAGAGGACGUGGGGAGACCGCCUCAAGGGGCUGCGACACUUCUUCUACAACCCGCACACAGGGGAGGUGGUGGGGCGCACCCCCAAGAGCUGGGGCCAGAUCUGCUUGUUCUACUUCGUGUACUUCUCCUUCCUGGGUGCCCUCUUCGCCUUCACCAUGUGGGCCUUGGUGAUGACGCUGAGCUACGAGUUGCCCAAGUACCAGGACCGUGUCGCCAGCCCUGGUCUGAUGAUCCGGCCCAGGGCUCCGCUGUUCGAAAUUAACUUCAUGAGCAACUCUCUGGAGUCGUACGAGCCCUACGUGAACUCCAUCAACGAUCUCCUGAGCAGCUACCCAAACACCUCCGAAAACUUCUGCGACGCGGGGCUGUACCGCGACGAGCAGGCCGGCGCCGGGCAGCCGGGCCGCGUGCCCCUCAUGUGCCCGUUCUCCCGCAAAGACCUGGGGCUCUGCUCCGGCCUCGAAGACCCCAUGUACGGCUUCACGAGUGGCACGCCUUGCGUGCUGCUCAAGAUGAACCGGAUAAUCGGUUUCAAGCCGGGAAACCACACGAAUCCGGUGAAAGUCACCUGCGACGGGAAGAAAGAAGAACAGCAGCAUCUUUUGGGAGACAUCGAGUUCUUCCCAAACGACAUUUUCGACCCCAUGUACUUCCCGUACUACGGCAAAGUCCUCGACGGCACGUACACGCAGCCGCUGGUGGCCGCGCGCUUCCUGAACCUCACACACGACACCCCCGUGUCCAUCGAGUGCCGCCUGGAGGGCAACGGCAUCGUCAACAAGCACGAGCGCGACCGCUUCCUGGGCCGCAUUGCCUUCACGUUCACCGUCAGCUCAUAGCGCCCACCACCCUCCCUCCUCAUGCUGCUCUCCCCCCCCCCCCGCUCACCUCGCUCUGCCACCGUCACAUUCUCGCUCUCCCUCCUCCCGGCCCGCCUGUCCCAUCGGCCCGCCCGCCCACCCGCCAGUCGACUUAGCCGCUACCGCACCUUCUUUAGCGGCCGGUACGCGCGCACUUGAGAUUUCUCUGAGCGACGGGGCGCGACUGGAUGCCGACCGUCAUUCAAAAUCGUCGUCCUCCACCCACCCCCACUUCUAAUUGGCGAUUUGCCCUGACCCGCAACCUGAAACGCCUCGCCGAAACCUAACAGCCAUGGUCCACUGGAGGCACGUUUAUGGCGCCUGUCCCCGGCAGCGUUUCCCAUAGUCGUGUGAUCUAUUUGCCAAACAUGCGAACAAACGGAGCUCUUCCUAGCGGGCAACUGGGAUGGAAACUUCCACUUGAGAUCCCAGAUAGAGGUCACGUGACUGCCUUGACGCAGGGCUCUAUUCUCUUGAGGCACGGGCAGCUUCAAGCCAAGGCGUGAGUGGCAUCUGGGGAGGAGAGAGAGAGAGAGGGGGGGAAGUCUUCUGCUUGAUUGCUUUUGUGGUAUCGACCGAGUGGCUGGCAACAAUGGACUGCAUCAAGGAAUGAGUCGCUCCCUCCAUUCUGCUGCCCACCAAGUUGCCAUCGUCUCCCCUGGUUAAUGCGAUGAUUGCCGGCAACGAUUGCCCGAAACUAACUCUGGAGUGGAUCAUGGCCUUUAUGAAAGCAUUUGAGGGCACGGUUUGGUAUUUUGACGUGCGGUACAUAGAAAUAAAACUUAACAUUUUUUUAGUAUAUAACUAAACCGUCGAAACACAAUAUACGCACAUUUGCAUUUUAAAAAUGUAUAAUCAUUUCAUUUUUAUUGAGCAAUUACAUUUUAUGACGUCGUAUCUGAGCCAACCGCAACUGUACACCCGAAUAUAGCUUCCCAUCGUCAUCAAACACUGCCUUAUGACUGCACCUCACAUUAGCACGGUUGACUAUGUACGGUGUGAAAGAAGUUAAACACACAUACGCAGUCUAUGGCAGUUGAGCAGAAGGGAUUAGCGUUAAUUCUCUGCUUAAAUUUUCCGCAGUAUAUUUGGCAAUACCAUCGACAGCCAAUUAGUAAGCUUAUUUUACGUAAACAAAACAUGCCAAUUAGUUACUAGCUCACCACACCGGUGUGUUGUAGAGUAAAUCCAAAAUUCGCCCUCAUUCAUCCCACCAGGGUCGCAAACGGCUACCCGUACCCAGCCGGGUACGGGUAGCCGUUCCCUACCCGUACCCGUACCCUACCCGAAAUGAGUGACAAACGGCUACUCACCAGUGACCGUAGCCGGGUAUCGGGUAGGGUACGGGUAUCGGGUACCCGGUUGCGACCUCUGGUAGCCGACGAGUGCGGGCUAAGAUGCUCGUGGCGUUUUAUCGAUAAAAGCGUCGCUCUGCGCGGCCGUUUCGAAUGGGGGCAGCCCCCCGUCGCGUAGCUGGAGGCCGUGCGAAAUUAAAUCACGGGGACCGAUGUUUGCCCCCCCCCCCCUCCACCUCUCGAGGAAGCGGCAAUUGUGCCCAGAGAGAUUUUCCACCCUCGGUGUUGGCAGGUCGGGUUGGGCCGAUUGUGCUGCUGCUGCUGCGUUUCUAUCGGCUGGUCCUUGUCAUCUCAGAAACCUGUUGCUUGAUCUCGCGCUUUCAAAACUCAUUUCCUGCGAACUGCUUUCUUUUUGUUCAUGUUGUCCUUCCCCCGCACCUCCCGAUUAGCACGCUUGGCUACGUGCGGUGCGAACGAAGUCCAACGUGCACAAGCACAAACCCCACCCUUAUGUGCCUGGCGCUCGCAUAUUUAAAGUCCCGUCUGUGUGACGCGGUGCGUAACCCUGUUUAGCCCCGUCUGUAAUACGUACCUAAACUGUAUAUCAGUAUGUUGCUGUCAAGUACCAUCGGCUGCAUUUACACUAGGGCAUCGGCGCUUACCACUUCAGUUUCCAGUCGAAACGGAAGCGGUCAGCGCGAACUGCGUCUCGUUUUUACACUUCUCGAGCAAAGCCAGCGUCCCCCCCCCCCCACCACCCCCGCCCUCGUGCGCCAACCUCGUCUUGAAGAAACGAGAGACGCGUACGACGAUUGUCACAGGCGGAACUCGCCGUCGGGAUCGUGCGCCAGCCGUUCCUCCAGGCGAUGGGGGUUUUGUGGUGGGGGGCAUUGCCAGAGGGAUGGGGUCAGGGGAACGGUCACGCUCACUCGUGAACCGGCGGCUAUGGAUUCCGAAAUGCCAUGAUGCACUCGGGCAAUUUUUGGGAAAUUGUCCCUGGCGGUUGUCACCGACGAGGAGGGUUUCCACCGCUUGAGGUGAUAUGAAAUGGCGUAACAACCUCGAUGUGCACACGUAAUGUUGCAGAUUUCAACUUGCUGCACGAAAGGAGAGCACUUAAGUGCAACAAACCGCUUGAGUUGAUAUUAAAUGGCGUAACAACCUCGAUGUGCACACGUAAUGUUGCAGAUUUCAACUUGCUGCACGAAAGGAGAGCACUUAAGUGCAACAAACUGGGACAUGUUGUUGGAAGAUAAUCGGACUGUAAAAAUCGAUUUGCCAGGGCUUUUAGUGACCUGGUUAGGACUGACAGAUGUCACGGGACAGCAGCUACCUCAACUAGAGGACGAUCCUGAGAAAACCAGGACAGGUGGCAAGCCAAUUUGAAACACAUUUCCGCUUAGCAACUAUGUUUUUCUUAUGGCCGCAACAAUCGUGUUUCGUGUCGAGGGGUGGCGAGCGAGCCAGCGGACGGAUUUAGGAGUAGCCUCGUUAAUAUCUAAAAUUCUGCCGGCAGACGAUGGAAGCGGCCAGUCGCGUUACUGUGUGACACGUGGUUUGAGAUUGAUGACCGCGGUCAUACUCUGGGCCAUUCUUAACUUUUCCAUCGGCAGAGGAAACGCGACGGUCUUCCUACACCGCAGCUGGUAUUGAUUACCAUUCAAUCAAUACCAGACCAUGGCUAACUUGGUCUGGUAUUGUUUGACAGAAGCUCCGUCCAGCCAGCGAAAACAGAAUUUGUGGAAGAGUGUGCAUUAUGAUUGACAACCGUCGGUCUACACCCGCAGGGGUGGGGAACCUUUUUUCUGCCAAGGGCCAUUUGGAUAUUUAUAACAUCAUUCGCGGGCCAUACAGAAUUGUCAACUUAAAAAUUUGACCGUUAUAUUUGGUUUUAAUCAACUCGCCCCUAAUGCGAUGGCUGGAACUGCUUCUCUUUGGCGAGGCGUGUGAUGUUAGCUGGCUAUUGAUGAUGUUGCUACUCGCAACUGCUUUUCCAGGUUUGCUCCUAGAUUUAUUGAAUUUCGAGUCCCGCCUGCGGUUGCCUUGGCAGGGCCACGCCAAAUGAUUUCGCGGGCCUCAUACGGCCCGCGGGCCGGACGUUCCCCACCCCUGGUCUAGAGUCACAAGCCUCGGGGUUAGUGGUGUGACCUCUGCCUACGAUCUGAUUGGAAGUUGCCAGUCACCCACGAGGGCGGUGGGGAGGGCAGCGAUUGGUGUGGCGACUAUGACGAUAGCAGCCGGCGUCUGCCAUCGAUUUGGUCAAGUGCAUCAUGGGCUUAACAGAAUCUACGAAGAAAAGAAUUUGUUCAGAACUGAAUGUUAGUUUAGUUCUAACUACUGUGUUCGGAAUAAACUCCCUAGUGUAAACACAGCUGUAGUGUGGAUUUUUAAAUUUAAUAUAUUACUCCAGUGGGUUUUAAAAAACUGCAUCAAUGUAUCAAUGUCCCCUGCGUUAAAUCCAAACGGAAUCUCAUUGUUGGACAGACCCAACAAAUGUCACGUUUAACAUCUAAACACUGUCAUGUAUUUGUGUUGUUGUUGUUUAAAGGUUGGGUUUGUGAGGAUGCGCUUAUGUUCAGUCCAAACACCUUCAGCGACUUGGCAUGAAUGUGAACUUUUUAGUCGGGGACAGGUUGGUGAAUGUGGAUUUGACAGCCAGUACAGUAUCGUAAAACACACGAGCAUUUGAAUGCACUGCUAUUAAGUUACCGUCAUAUUCAGAGUUAUCAAACUUGGCGUGCACGCCGCACUGCACGUAUAUUUUAAGCCGUAGCGACUCCAGUCUUUAAUGUCGUCAGAUCCCCAAAAUCCAAGGUGGAGUUGAAUGGCGAGCGAGCGCAUGAGUAAAUGUCAAAUUCUCCAAGGGGGCAACGGUAGCUUCGAAAACCUGUGCAUGAAGUGGAACUCACUGAGCCCAGCUUGCGUUCAGCUACCCGGCCCACAAUGAUCAAGGGUCAUAGUGCUGUAAGAAGUAAACAAUAUGUUAAUAUCACUUUUUUUUUAAUCUUUAAAACUAUUUUGUAUUUAACCAGGUAAGACCCACUGAGCUGUUGAGCACUUUUUCAGAAGCGAACCAGCCACGAAUUAAAGUUCAACGAAGUGGCUUAUCAUCACGCUGGAAAUGUAUAGCAGCCAAAUACUCUAAAUGCGUGAUGUUCAUUCGAAAUGUGGAGGGGAAAAACCGGAGCACCCGGAGAAAAAUCCACGCCACCACAGGGAGAGAGAUAAACACGCAAACUAUAAAUAUACAGCAGCAGGCGUCAGGGUCGAGGAACGAACCUACAACCUCCUGUAUACCAGGCGAGAUAGUUAACAUCUCCUAGCCACUGCAGCGCCCCAAUACUGCAGUGCUGCCUGCCGCGUGGUCAGCAAAAUGCUCCGUGUCAUCUUGCUGGUUAGGAAAUUAAUUAAAGCAAAGUGCCAGGACGAAAUAUGCAUCAAUUACUUUAGAAGUAAUUGGUUGUUUUCAUUCACGUUUAGUUUGUUUAAGCAGCAGGGUGAUAACUCUAGAGACCGGAAUAGUUUUAUUUGCAAGAAUGACCUGGAGAAGAUAAUUUGGGCAUCAAAGAUGUUGACAUCUGCAUACAUCUCGAUAAUGUAUUUUUUUAAA